GGCGCAGGGUCCAGGGCCGGAGCUGGGUAGGCGGCUGCGCGGUCGGUCGCCUCGGCCGCCGUCCGCGGACGGGAUCCUGGGCCGGGCGUGGUUCCCGGCGGUGUCACCACGGUCGCUGGAAGCGUCCUCGUCCCCUUUGGAAUAGUACUUACUCAAGUCUGCUUCAGGAGAAAGUGCCUGCAUUCCUGUGGUAUCUACGCAGGUUCAUGCCAUCCUGUAACACCCAAUCAGGGUCUUGCUGCAUUGUCCAGGCUGGCCUUGAACUCACCGUGUGGCCCACGUUGGCCUCAGACUCGAGGCAGUGCUCUCCUGCCUCUGUCUCUCAAAUGGUGGGAUUACAGGUGAACACCACUGCAGCCAGAGCUAGAAGAGCUUCUUAGCAGUCAGCCAAGAUGAACAUGGUGAAGCGGAUCAUGGGACGGCCUCGGCAGGAGGAGUGCAGCCCGCAGGACAACGCGCUGGGCCUCAUGCACCUCCGCCGGCUCUUCACGGAGCUAUGCCACCCGCCCCGGCACAUGACCCAGAAGGAGCAGGAGGAGAAGCUGUACAUGAUGCUGCCUGUGUUCAACAGGGUUUUUGGAAAUGCUCCGCCAAGUACCAUGACAGAAAAGUUUUCUGAUCUGCUGCAGUUCACAACGCAAGUCUCACGACUCAUGGUGACUGAAAUUCGGAGGAGAGCGUCGAACAAAUCCACAGAAGAGCAGUGUGCCUUGCUGUCCUCCAGGGAUUUCAAAGCCACAACACCUUCAGAGGCUGCCAGUCGAGCCAUUGUCCAGUUUCUGGAGAUCAAUCAGAGCGAAGAAGCCAGUCGAGGAUGGAUGCUUCUGACGACUAUUAAUUUGUUGGCAUCCUCUGGUCAGAAAACCGUGGACUGCAUGACAACGAUGUCCGUGCCUUCCACCCUGGUUAAAUGUUUGUAUCUGUUCUUUGACCUUCCACAUGUGCCUGAGGCAGUUGGAGGUGCACAGAAUGAGCUACCUCUAGCGGAGCGGCGAGGACUCCUCCAGAAAGUUUUUGUACAGAUCUUAGUGAAACUCUGCAGCUUCGUGUCCCCAGCGGAGGAGCUGGCGCAGAAGGACGACCUCCAGCUUCUGUUCAGUGCAAUAACCUCGUGGUGCCCGCCCUACAACCUGCCCUGGAGGAAGAGCGCUGGGGAAGUCCUGAUGACCAUCUCCCGGCAUGGGCUCAGCGUCAACGUGGUCAAGUACAUUCACGAAAAAGAGUGUUUAUCUACGUGUGUCCAGAACAUGCAGCAGUCGGAUGACCUGUCGCCCUUGGAGACCGUGGAAAUGUUUGCCAGGCUUUCUUGCUUCCUCAAAGAUUCCAGUGAUGUUUCCCAAACACUUUUGGAUGAUUUUCGGAUAUGGCAAGGAUACAGUUUUCUCUGUGAUCUCUUGCUUAGAUUGGAACAAGCAAAAGAGGCUGAGUCCAAAGAUGCCUUGAAAGACCUGGUUAAUCUGAUAACUUCCCUGACCACCUAUGGCGUCAGUGAGCUGAAGCCAGCAGGGAUCACCACAGGGGCGCCCUUCCUGCUGCCUGGGUUUGUGGUACCUCAACCUGCAGGCAAAGGUCACAGUGUGAGAAAUGUCCAGGCCUUUGCGGUUCUUCAGAAUGCAUUUUUAAAAGCGAAAACCGGCUUCCUGGCCCAGGUCAUCCUGGACGCUAUCACCAACAUUUACGUGGCCGACAGUGCCAAUUACUUCAUCCUGGAGCCACAGCACACUCUGUCACAGUUUGCUGAGAAGAUCUCUAAACUCCCAGAAGUCCAAAACAAGUUCUUUGAGAUGCUGGAGUUCGUCGUGUUUAGCUUAAAUUACAUCCCUUGUAAGGAACUUAUUAGUGUUAGCAUCCUGUUGAAGUCCAGCUCUUCGCACCACUGUAGCAUUGUUGCCAUGCGAACCCUUCUGAAGUUUACAAGACAUGACCACAUAUUUAAAGAUGUGUUCAGGGAGGUGGGCCUUCUGGAGGUCAUGGUAAACCUUCUGCAUAAGUACGCUGCCCUCUUGAAAGAUCCAGCUCAGGCACUGCAUGAACAAGGGGACCCAAGAAAUAAUAGUUCAGCUGAAGACCAGAAGCACCUGGCUCUCCUGGUCAUGGAGACGCUGACUGUGCUCCUGCAGGGGUCUACCACCAAUGCAGGGAUUUUCCGGGAGUUUGGAGGAGCCAGGUGUGCACACAACAUCGUGCGGUACCCACAGUGUCGGCAGCACGCACUCAUGACCAUCCAGCAGCUGGUGCUGUCUCCCAACGGUGAUGACGACAUGGGCACCCUGCUGGGGCUGAUGCACUCAGCCCCACCCACAGAGCUGCAGCUAAAGACCGACAUCUUGAGGGCCCUUCUGUCCGUCCUUCGAGAAAGCCAUCGUUCAAGAACAGUGUUUAGGAAAGUUGGAGGGUUUGUGUACAUUACAUCCUUGCUCGUGGCCAUGGAGAGGUCUUUGAGCUGUCCCCCCAAGAAUGGCUGGGAGAAGGUGAACCAGAAUCAAGUGUUCGAGCUCCUGCAUACUGUGUUUUGCACCCUGACUGCAGCCAUGCGUUACGAGCCAGCCAACUCUCACUUCUUCAAGACGGAGAUUCAGUAUGAGAAGCUGGCAGAUGCUGUUCGAUUUCUUGGCUGCUUCUCAGACCUAAGAAAAAUAGGCACCAUGAAUAUCUUCCCCUCAAACACGCAGCCGUUCCAAAGACUCUUAGAGGAAGAAGUGGUUUCCAUGGACUCUGUGUCGCCCACCUUACGGCACUGCAGUAAACUCUUUAUCUAUCUUUACAAAGUAGCCACAGACUCUUUCGACAGUCGUGCAGAGCAGAUCCCUCCUUGCCUGACAAGUGAGUCUUCUCUCCCCUCUCCUUGGGGCACACCAGCUCUGUCCAGGAAAAGGCAUGCGUAUCAUUCUGUUUCCAGUCCCCCUGUUUACCCUGCAAAAAAUGUUGCUGACCUGAAAGUCCAUAUGACGGCGCCGUCUCUGCAGAGCUCCGACGCUGUCGUCAUCCAUCCCGGAGCCAUGCUUGCCAUGCUGGAUCUCCUGGCCUCCGUGGGCUCAGUGACACAGCCAGAGCAUGCACUGGACCUUCAGCUCGCGGUGGCAAACAUCCUGCAGUCCCUGGUACACACGGAGAGAAACCAGCAGGUCAUGUGUGAAGCCGGUCUUCACGCGCGGCUGCUACAGAGGUGCAGCGCGGCCCUGGCAGAUGAGGACCAUGCGCUGCACCCGCCCCUGCAACGCAUGUUUGAACGGCUGGCCUCGCAGGCACUGGAACCCAUGGUGCUGAGGGAGUUUUUGCGUUUGGCAAGUCCUUUAAAUUGUGGUGCCUGGGACAAGAAACUGCUCAAACAAUACCGGGUCCACAAGCCGAGUUCCCUGAGUUAUGAGCCAGAGAUGAGAAGUAGCAUGCUCACGUCUCUGGAAGGUCUGGGCUCUGAUAAUGUCUUCAGCCUACAUGAAGAUAACCAUUACCGAAUAAGCAAAAGCCUGGUCAAGUCGGCCGAAGGAAGCACUGUACCCUUGACCAGGGUAAAGUGUCUGGUCUCCAUGACAACACCCCAUGACAUCAGACUCCAUGGGUCCUCGGUUACGCCAGCUUUUGUUGAGUUUGACACAUCCCUCGAAGGGUUUGGCUGCCUGUUCCUGCCCAGCCUGGCCCCUCACAAUGCUCCCACAAAUAAUGCUGUCACCACGGGGCUCACGGAUGGCGCUGUGGUCAGCGGCAUCGGCUCUGGCGAGCGGUUCUUCCCUCCGCCAUCCGGCCUGAGUUACUCCAGCUGGUUCUGCGUGGAGCACUUCAGCUGCGCCCCGCACCACCACCCCGUCCGCCUGCUGACCGUGGUGCGGCGGGCCAGCUCCUCGCAGCAGCACUAUGUGUGUCUCGCUGUGGUCCUCUCUGCCAAGGACCGCUCCCUCAUCGUGUCCACCAAGGAGGAGCUGCUCCAGAACUACGUGGAUGAUUUUAGUGAAGAAUCCUCCUUUUAUGAGAUUCUGCCCUGCUGUGCGCGCUUCCGCUGCGGAGAGCUGAUUGUGGAAGGGCAGUGGCACCACCUGGCCCUGGUGAUGAGCAAGGGCAUGCUGAAGAACAGCACGGCCACACUGUACAUCGAUGGGCAGCUGGUCAGCACCGUCAAGCUUCACUACGUCCACAGCACACCCGGGGGCUCUGGCUCCGCCAACCCCCCAGUGGUGAGCACGGUCUACGCCUAUGUGGGGACCCCCCCAGCCCAGCGCCAGGUGGCCUCGCUGGUGUGGCGCCUCGGGCCUGCCCACUUUCUGGAGGAAGUGCUGCCCCCCUCCAGCAUCACCACCAUCUAUGAGCUUGGACCAAACUACGUUGGGAGCUUCCAGGCGGUGUGUAUGCCGUGUAAAGAUGCAAAGUCAGAAGUUGUGGUGCCCUCACCUGUGUCCCUAGUCCCAGAGGAGAAGGUGUCCUUUGGUCUCUACGCUCUCUCGGUGUCCUCCCUGACUGUCGCGCGGAUCCGGAAGGUGUACAACAAGCUGGAUAGCAAGGCCAUCGCUAAGCAGUUAGGCAUCUCUUCCCAUGAAAAUGCCACACCGGUGAAGCUGAUACACAACUCCGCAGGGCACCUGAAUGGACCAGCCCGGACCAUCGGGGCCACUCUGGUCGGCUACUUGGGAGUAAGAACGUUUGUCCCUAAGCCUGUUGCCACUACUUUGCAGUACAUCGGGGGUGCGGCGGCCAUCCUGGGCCUAGUGGCCAUGGCCUCCGACGUGGAGGGCCUUUAUGCUGCCGUCAAGGCCCUGGUGUGUGUGGCCAGGAGCAACCCGCUGGCCAGCAAGGAGAUGGAGAGGAUCAGAGGCUACCAGCUGCUGGCGAUGCUGCUGAAGAAGAAGCGUCCCCUCCUCAACAGCCACAUCCUGCACCUGACCUUUUCCCUGGUGGGGACCGUGGACAGCGGGCACGAGACCUCCAUCAUUCCGAAUUCCACUGCCUUCCAGGACCUGCUCUGCGAUUUUGAGGUCUGGCUCCACGCCCCAUAUGAGCUUCAUCUGUCCUUGUUUGAACACUUCAUCGAACUGCUGACCGAGUCCAGUGAGGCUUCCAAGAACGCCAAGCUGAUGAGGGAGCUACAGUUAAUCCCCAAGCUGCUGCUGACCCUCCGGGAUGUGUCUCUGUCCCAGCCCACCAUUGCCGCCAUCAGUAAUGUGCUCAGCUUCCUGCUGCAAGGUUUUCCCAGCAGCAACGAUCUGCUCAGGUUUGGCCAGUUUAUUUCUUCUACUUUGCCAACCUUUGCAGUUUGUGAGAAAUUUGUAGUUAUGGAAAUAAAUAAUGAAGAGAAACUUGACACUGGGACAGAAGAGGAGUUUGGAGGUCUUGUAUCUGCUAAUCUUAUACUUUUGAGGAACAGACUUCUAGAUAUUCUGCUGAAACUAGUUUAUACAUCUAAAGAAAAGACAAGCAUUAACUUGCAAGCUUGUGAGGAGCUGGUCAGGACCCUGGGUUUCGACUGGGUCAUGAUGUUCAUGGAGGAGCACCUGCACUCCACCACGGUGACGGCAGCCAUGCGGAUUCUUGUGGUCCUGCUGAGCAACCAGUCCAUUCUCAUCAAGUUUAAAGAAGGGCUCAGCGGCGGAGGAUGGCUUGAGCAGACCGAUUCCGUCCUCACCAACAAGAUCGGAACUGUCUUAGGGUUCAAUGUGGGGAGGAGUGCCGGCGGGAGAUCGACCAUCAGGGAGAUUAACCGGGACGCCUGCCACUUUCCCGGCUUUCCGGUUCUGCAGUCCUUCCUCCCUAAGCACACCAAUGUCCCUGCCCUCUAUUUUCUCCUCAUGGCCUUGUUUCUGCAGCAGCCAGUUAGUGAGCUGCCUGAGAACCUGCAGGUCAGUGCGCCUGUCGCCAGCAGCCGAUGUAAGCAGGGUGGCCAGUUCGAUUUGGACUCGAUCUGGAGGUUUAUCUUUGGUGUCCCGGCCUCCAGUGGAACCGUGGUCUCGUCCGUCCACAGCGUGUGCACGGAGGCUGCCUUCCUGUUGCUGGGCAUGCUCCGCAGCAUGCUGAACUCGCCAUGGCAGUCGGAGGAAGAGGGGUCUUGGCUGCGCGAAUACCCAGUGACCCUGAUGCAGUUCUUCCGCUACCUGUACCACAACGUGCCUGACCUGGCCUCCAUGUGGAUGAGCCCCGACUUCCUGUGCGCCUUGGCCGCGACUGUGUUCCCCUUCAAUAUCCGCCCCUACUCAGAGAUGGUAGGAAAGGGGAGGAAGGUGGCAAAACUGCAGCUAGUCUGUGCACUGGUGACUGACCUUGAUGAUGAAGUGGGGUCUCCCGCCGAGGAGUUUAAAGCCUUCGCCGCAGACACGGGGAUGAACCGGAGCCAGUCGGAGUACUGCAAUGUGGGCACAAAGACCUAUCUGACCAACCACCCGGCUAAAAAGUUCGUUUUCGACUUCAUGCGGGUCUUAAUCAUAGACAACCUCUGUCUCACACCUGCCAGCAAGCAGACGCCGCUGAUCGAUCUUCUGUUGGAGGCUUCCCCUGAAAGAUCCACAAGAACUCAGCAAAAAGAAUUUCAGACUUACAUUUUGGAUGGUGUGAUGGACCACCUACUUGCAGCUGAUGUGUUACUGGGGGAAGACGCAUCUCUGCCUAUUACCAGCGGAGGAAGUUACCAGGUAUUGGUGAACAAUGUGUUUUAUUUCACACAACGUGUGGUGGACAAGCUUUGGCAAGGCAUGUUCAACAAAGACUCUAAACUUCUUAUAGAUUUUAUAAUUCAACUAAUUGCACAGUCCAAGAGAAGAUCACAGGGGCUGUCGCUGGAUGCGGUUUACCACUGCCUCAAUAGGACAAUCUUGUAUCAAUUCUCACGGGCACACAAGACUGUGCCCCAGCAAGUAGCGCUCCUAGACUCGCUCCGGGUCCUGACUGUCAACCGGAACUUGGUCUUGGGACCUGGGAACCAUGACCAGGAAUUCAUCAGCUGUCUGGCUCACUGCUUGAUGAAUCUGCACGCUGGAAGCAACAUGGAAGGAUUUGGACUGGAAGCAGAAGCCCGCAUGACCACGUGGCACAUUAUGAUCCCUUCUGACAUUGAGCCAGAUGGAGGCUACAGUCAAGAUAUCAGUGAAGGACGUCAGCUUCUUAUCAAAGCUGUCAACAGAGUUUGGACUGAGCUGAUCCAUAGUAAGAAGCAGGUCCUGGAGGAGCUUUUCAAGGUUACUCUACCUGUGAACGAAAGGGGCCACGUGGACAUAGCCAUUGCACGGCCACUCAUCGAAGAAGCAGGUCUGAAGUGCUGGCAGAAUCAUUUGGCCCAUGAAAGGAAAAGCAUAAGUCGAGGAGAAGCUUUGGCGCCCAGCACACAGUCCAAACUGUCCCGAGUCAGCAGUGGCUUUGGUCUUUCCAAGUUAACUGGAUCAAGGAGGAAUCGCAAGGAAAGUGGCCUAAACAAACACAGUCUUUCCACACAGGAAAUCUCUCAGUGGAUGUUCACGCACAUCGCUGUUGUCCGGGACUUGGUGGACACCCAAUAUAAGGAGUAUCAGGAGCGUCAGCAGAAUGCCCUGAAGUACGUGACAGAGGAGUGGUACCAGAUCGAGUGUGAGCUCUUGCGGGAGCGAGGACUGUGGGGUCCCCCCAUCGGGUCCCAUCUGGACAAGUGGAUGCUGGAGAUGACAGAAGGGCCCUGCAGAAUGAGGAAGAAGAUGGUGCGGAAUGACAUGUUCUACAACCAUUACCCGUAUGUGCCGGAAGCCGAGCAAGAGGCGAGCGUGGCGUCUGAGAUCCCAAGUAAACAGCCUGAGACACCUGACGAUAUCAUUCCUCAAAAGAAGCCUGCUCGGUACAGAAGGGCUGUCAGCUAUGACAGUAAAGAAUACUACCUGCGCCUGGCCUCUGGGAACCCCGCAGUUGUCCAGGACCCUAUUGUGGAGAGUGCCGAUGGGGAGGCCGCACAGCAGGAGCCAGAGCAUGGCGAGGACACCAUUGCCAAAGUCAAAGGUCUGGUCAAGCCUCCUCUAAAGCGCUCCCGGUCUGCACCUGAUGGAGGAGAUGAGGAGAACCAGGAGCAGCUUCAGGACCAGAUUGCUGAGAGCAGUGCCAUAGAGGAGGAGGAGAAAACAGACAACGCCACGUUACUGCGCUUGCUAGAGGAGGGGGAAAAGAUCCAGCACAUGUACCGCUGUGCCCGCGUCCAGGGCCUGGACACCAGCGAGGGGCUACUGCUUUUCGGAAAAGAGCAUUUUUACGUGAUUGAUGGAUUUACCAUGACGGCAACCCGGGAAAUCCGCGAUAUUGAAACCUUACCCCCAAACAUGCAUGAGCCGAUUAUCCCUCGAGGAGCCAGGCAGGGCCCCAGUCAGCUCAAGAGAACGUGUAGCAUUUUCGCCUAUGAGGAUAUCAAAGAGGUGCACAAAAGGAGGUACCUCCUGCAGCCGAUUGCUGUGGAAGUUUUCUCCGGAGAUGGACGGAAUUACCUCCUCGCUUUUCAGAAAGGAAUAAGAAACAAAGUCUAUCAAAGGUUCUUGGCAGUGGUUCCAUCUCUAACGGACAGUUCAGAGUCGGUGUCUGGCCAGCGGCCGAAUACCAGUGUGGAGCAGGGCUCUGGGUUACUCAGUACCCUGGUUGGAGAGAAGUCUGUGACGCAGAGGUGGGAGAGAGGUGAAAUCAGCAACUUCCAGUAUUUGAUGCACUUGAACACGCUGGCUGGGAGGUCCUACAACGAUCUCAUGCAGUACCCUGUGUUCCCCUGGAUCCUCGCAGAUUACGACUCGGAGGAGGUGGAUCUCACCAACCCCAAGACCUUCAGAAACCUGGCAAAGCCCAUGGGAGCGCAGACGGAUGAGCGGUUAGCACAGUAUAAGAAACGGUACAAGGACUGGGAGGACCCUAAUGGAGAAACUCCCGCAUACCACUACGGGACCCACUAUUCCUCUGCAAUGAUCGUGGCCUCCUACCUUGUGAGGAUGGAGCCUUUCACACAGAUAUUCUUAAGGCUGCAGGGCGGCCACUUCGACCUGGCAGACAGAAUGUUCCACAGCGUACGUGAGGCCUGGUACUCAGCCUCCAAGCACAACAUGGCAGAUGUCAAGGAGCUCAUCCCAGAGUUUUUCUACUUACCAGAAUUCCUGUUCAACUCCAACAACUUCGAUCUGGGCUGUAAACAGAACGGCACGAAGCUCGGAGACGUCAUCCUUCCACCCUGGGCCAAAGGGGACCCUCGGGAGUUCAUCCGCGUCCACCGUGAGGCCCUAGAGUGUGACUACGUGAGCGCCCACCUGCACGAGUGGAUCGAUCUGAUCUUUGGCUACAAGCAGCAGGGCCCCGCAGCAGUGGACGCUGUCAACGUCUUCCACCACCUUUUCUAUGAGGGCCAAGUGGACAUCUACAACAUCAACGACCCCCUGAAGGAGACAGCCACCAUUGGGUUCAUCAACAACUUUGGCCAGAUUCCCAAGCAGUUGUUUAAGAAACCCCACCCCCCAAAGCGAGUCCGGAGCCGACUCAACGGUGACAAUGCAGGAGUCUCCGUCCCUCCGGGCUGCACGAACGACAAGAUCUUCUUCCAUCACCUGGACAACCUUCGGCCUUCACUCACACCUGUGAAAGAACUCAAAGAGCCUGUGGGACAGAUAGUCUGCACAGACAAAGGCAUCCUUGCAGUGGAGCAGAACAAGGUUCUUAUCCCACCCACCUGGAACAAGACCUUCGCCUGGGGCUAUGCAGACCUCAGCUGCAGGCUGGGAACCUAUGAGUCAGACAAGGCAGUGACUGUGUACGAGUGCUUGUCCGAGUGGGGCCAGAUCCUCUGCGCCAUCUGCCCCAACCCCAAGCUGGUCAUCACAGGCGGCACAAGCACAGCAGUGUGCGUGUGGGAGGUGGGCACCUCCAAGGAGAGAGCCAAGAGCCUGGCGCUGAAGCAGGCCCUACUGGGCCACACGGACACCGUCACCUGCGCCACGGCAUCCUUGGCCUACCACAUAAUCGUCAGCGGGUCCCGAGACCGCACCUGCAUCAUCUGGGACUUGAACAAGCUGUCCUUCCUGACCCAGCUCCGGGGCCACCGAGCGCCAGUCUCUGCCCUUUGUAUCAACGAGUUAACGGGGGACAUCGUGUCAUGUGCUGGCACAUACAUCCAUGUGUGGAGCAUCAAUGGAAACCCCAUCGUGAGCGUGAACACAUUCACGGGGCGGAGCCAGCAGAUCAUGUGCUGCUGCGUGUCAGAGAUGAACGAGUGGGACACGCAGAACGUCAUCGUGACGGGACACUCAGAUGGCGUGGUUCGGUUUUGGAGGAUGGAAUUCUUGCAAGUCCCCGAAACACCAGCUCCCGAGCCUGCUGAAGUCCUAGAGAUGCAGGAAGAGUGUCCAGAAACACAAAUAGGGCAGGAACCCCAAGAUGAAGACAGCAGCGACUCUGAAGCAGAGGAGGCAAGUGUCACCCAGGAGCCCAAGGAGGUCCCCAGCCAGCCCAGCAGCACCAGCCACAGGCCCCGGGCAGCUUCCUGCCGGGCCACAGCCACCUGGUGCACUGACAGCAGUUCGGAUGACUCUCGGCGCUGGUCUGACCAGCUCAGCCUGGAUGAGAAAGACGGCUUCAUAUUUGUGAACUAUUCAGAGGGCCAGACCAGAGCCCACCUGCAGGCUCCCCUCAACCACCCCCACCCCAGCCCCAUGGAAGCGCGGAGUUACAGCAGAUUGAAACCUGGGCACCGAUGGGAGCGGCAGCUAGUGUUCAGAAGCAAGCUGACCAUGCACACAGCCUUUGAUCGCAAGGACAAUGCGCACCCAGCCGAGGUCACCGCGCUGGGCGUGUCCAAGGAUCACAGCAGGAUCCUGGUCGGGGACAGUCAAGGCCGAGUCUUCAGCUGGUCGGUGAGUGACCAGCCGGGCCGCUGUGCCGCUGACCACUGGGUGAAGGACGAAGGUGGGGACAGCUGCUCGGGCUGCGCAGUGCGCUUCUCGCUCACGGAACGGCGGCACCACUGCAGGAACUGCGGCCAGCUCUUCUGCCAGAAGUGCAGCCGAUUUCAGUCUGAAAUCAAACGCUUGAAAAUCUCAUCUCCGGUGCGAGUUUGCCAGAACUGUUACUAUAAUCUGCAGCAUGAGAAGGGCUUGGAGGAUGGGCCCCGAAACUGCUGAGGCUUGCGCCAGCGGCCAGAGACCAGGUCUGCAGACCCCUUCCUGGUGCCCUGUCCGCUUGGAAGGCAUGGAAACAGUCUCCGUUCACACCUCUCUUCAUACUGUGUGAGGGAAGUGCGGAACUCCAAGGGAUCACUGGAGAAAGAAACGGGUGCGGAGUGCAGGCCGGCAGACACUGGUGGGUGGCAGCCAAGUACCAGGCGGGUCCUGCAGCAGCGUUUCUGGCAGGCUCUCGUGCUAACUGCAGCCGGCUCCGAGAAGCAGCCCUCGCUUAGUAACUGUCUUUUCCUGCAUCUCAUUUUUAUAGAGCUACCCAUCUUCAUUUGGAAAACCUACAAAAACAACAACAAAAAAGGCUUUUAGAAAAUGGUUGUAAAUCUGACUUCUUUGCAAGUAGCUGUGUAUAUUGUAAAUAGGUAUAAAGGCCUUUUUUUCUAAAAUAAGGACCUCACUGCCUGAACCUGAGACUUCAAACUAAACCACUAACUCAGUGAACUCUGGUUUGUCUGAUAUUGCUCACUUACCAAUUAAUUAUAAAUACGUUUUUUUAAAUCAUCGAGGACGUUAUCUGGGAUCUUUCUUUUCUCUGCAAGCCCAGCCUGUGUGCCUGAUGUCUUUUCUUUUAAGUUGCCACAGUGUCUCCAUUCACCCUAGGCUAGUAACCAAAAUAACGCGGACCUUCUUUAGGGAGCAGUGUGGGAGAAUAGAAGCCCAGCCGGAAGGAGCCUGGAGGUAUUGGGCGCCCUGCGCCCCGCUGUGCCCGCUGCCUUGGUGUUGGACCUGGUGCCACGGACCCCGGAGACACACGCGGCUGCCCUGGGUGUGGAGUGCACCUUCCUAGACUGGCAGAAGAUGUCACAUGACCGGAGGGGUGGCGGGGGUGACCCUGCCUCUGUAAUGGAAAUAUUUGCAUGAAACCCCAAACUAGCUUCUCUUGCAUAGAACAUAAGAAGUAUGUGUCUUUGGUGAUACCAAUGUUCUACUAUAGUUUAUUUUCAAAAAAGGGUAAAAAACAAAUGUACAGAAUUAAUCUUUCAAACUUGUUGUAAAACUGGAUCAAGUCAGACCUGCUUCAAAUUAACCUUCACCAUUUAAUGCCAUCUACCUGAAAACAGUGAGAUUUAUACUGUAUCAAUGUCUAUUUUUUUGUUUUUUGCUAUGAAUAUAAUUACAGUAUUUUAAUAUUUAGUUAUUUAAUUUGUUCUAGUUGGAUAUGAAACACAAAUCCAGGGGGAUUGAAGCUAGUGAGGGAUAAGAGAUGCGUUUACAGAAAAGGCUUUGGUGGUGGGAUUUUUAAAAAUGUGUGUUAUGUACAUAAAUAUAAAUAUAUAUAUAAAAUCAAAUAAAACAAUUAAUCUAGAUUUUAACAUUUUCAGAUACUUAAUGAUAAUAUUAUGAACAAUCCUAAACAUCCUGGUGAUUUGGAAAGCAGAGAUCGUUAAUGGCCCCAGGCAGGAAGGGCAGGCCCGGGGAGGCCCUGGCUCCCCACUUCCAUCGUUAGGCCCUGGUGACAGGCACUCUUAUGCACUAAAAUGCACAUAUACGCACAUGCGUUCAAGAACAGGCAUUCGGUACAGUGGUGACCUUGUACCUGUGGAGCUGAAACCAGCUUAAGGACUGAUUUGUUCUUCCUGAAAACUAGGUCUCCAAGACAAAACACAAAGGCUGCUUAGUGCCUUAUGCUUAAUAAAUUCAGAUCUUUAUUUAACUAGGUUUGAGCCUACAGUCUACUCAUGAGUACAUAUCGGAACCGAAGAGAACACUUCUGUUUCUGAAAGUGGGAGCACGCUUGUGAUAAAGGGGAAUUGGCAUUCACGCUGUCGCUCUGGGAAGGGAAGAGCGUGUCAUUCUCCUGUCUGCCCCAUCCUUGGCAGUGACUGCCACACUUCUCUGGAUGCAUUGCAGCCGUGUUACUCUGCUCUUUUUGAGAGGCGCCCCCAUGUUUAUUUACCUGUCUCCAGCAGCACAGGUGUCCGCAAGGCCCCAAGUGUAGGCGCGCGUGUGGGAACCUCCAGGUUGUUCCGCACGUCAUCCAAAGCUGCACUGGAGGAACACUUUGCAGCUCAACUCCCAGAACUAGACGGUGGAAACCCAAAGCCUCACAGCAGUAUUUCUUCUGGCAGCUGGUGCUGUGGGCGACGGCCUCACGCGGUCAGGCUUCUUUUCCUUUGCUUCUGACACAGAAAUCACACCACACGCAGGUAUGCUCACAUCCAUACACGGAUCUCUCUGUGUGUCCUGUGUAAGUUCGUUCACCGCCAUCCCAAGGGCACCACCCCUCCCUGCAGGAGGACCUCCCUGCUCCUGCCUGACCUCAUGACCAGUCGUGUACCCCAUCACCGUGUACUUGCUCAUGUGCUCUAACAUGUGUGUGUAUCGUGUGCAAGUGUAAGGUCACACUUCCAAGGAAGAGAACAGUUGCCCGUAGCAGCCAUGGUCUGGGUAAUAGCAAACAUUCUAGAUAAGUUAUUUUGCACUUUCUUAUGUAUAUAGUUGGUAGAAACUUAUUUUUGCUUUGUACCAUUUACAUUUUGUUUUGGUAAAUGAACUGUAUAAAAUAUUUAUGCUGUUAAAACUGUUUCUAGAAAGUAUUUUUCAUUUCAGCAAGUUUGGUUACUUGUUGCAUGACUAUUAACACUGCUGACUUUUUGUGUCAGUGCAAUGUAUAUUUUUUGUCCUGUUAUUAACUUGUAAGCCCUAGUAAUGGCCCAUUGUUUGUACAGCAACAGAAGUAAACUGACGAUAAUGGCUAA